AUGCCAUCCAAAAGAAAAUCCCUGAUGUUUGCCUCUGCUUCUUUCACCAGCAUUUUCUCCUUUGUGAUCAUUUGCCUUGUUCUCGCAACCAAAAACUGGGUUUCAAGUACGAUUAGCUUUACUUCUGGAACGGCCAAUAUGACAAUGUUGUACACAUAUGGGCUUUUUGAAGGACAUUGGUCAGCAACUGUGGUUCAUGGAAUUUCUAUACCAGAGUCCAGUUUCCAAGUUGCAGACCUGCUGGACAAUGGCACAGUGAAGAGUUUCAACAUCGUGGUUAUCUUUCUUCUAGUUCUCAGCUUGCUCAGCUCCUUCUUGAGUGCAGGGUUUACCUGCUACAAUGCUGUCAGCAAUCCCUAUCAGACUUUUUUAGGGCCUGUCGGGGCCUACACCUGGAACUCCAUAUCAGGUAUCUGCAUUUUGUUCACCUUGAUAUUGUUCGCAGUGAAUGUGGAAGCAAAUGAACUAUCUGUUCAACUGGCCUUCAACACGUCUCCUUCUCCCCCUUCAAGACUGUACAAACUCUCCAACUCUUAUGGAUAUUCAUACUGGAUCAUGCUUCUUAUAGUCCUUUUAAAUGUUGCAACCAUAAUCAUAAUCGUUUUCUACCAAAAAGCAAGAUAUUCAAAAAGGAAGGAACAAGAGAGGCCCAUGGAAAGUGCUCCAAAAGAUGGCAUUUUAUUUUAA